AUGGUAGCCAAUGAGGCCCUUCAGUACAUAGGAAUUGUCCAGCUACUUCUGCAUUUCAGGUGGAAAUGGGUUGGGCUUUUCAUAAAGGAUGAUGAAAGUGGAGAACAUUUCUUGCAGACAUUGGAGCCGAAGCUUUCCAAGAAUGGGAAUCUGUACAGCUUUCAUAAUAAGGAAUCAAAAAGUACAGCCAAGGUAGUUGUUGUCUAUGGAGAGACAGCCACCAUUAUUCGGCUGGCAUGGAUUAUAUGGAUGCCUUUUGUAAUGGCACCAGUACUCGAGUCACAUUAUUUGGAGAAGACCUCUUCUGGAAAGGUAUGGAUUGUGACUGCCCAGAUUGAUUUCGUUUUCAAUAUAUUACAAAAGACUUUUGAUAUACAAAUGUUCCAUGGUGCUCUUUCCUUCACAAUUCAGAAAAAUAAGAUCCCAGGUUUCCAAAUAUUUCUUCAGAGUAUCAAUCCUGCCUUGGCAAACAUGAAUGGUUUUAUCAAAGACUUCUGGGAACAAGUAUUCCAUUGUGCAUUUUUGGAUUCCACUGACACAACCGACUUUGAUGAAACGUGUACUGGAGUUGAGAGAGUGGAAAGUGUUCCAGCACCUUUUUUUGAAAUGAGUAUGACUGGCCACAGUUACAGUAUCUAUAAUGCUGUCUACGCUCUGGCACAUGCAUUACAUAUGAGGAACACAUCAAGAACCAGGCACAGAGCAAUUAAAUAUGGGGGACAGAUUGAGUACUCUAAAUUUGGAGACCUGGAAGGUAAUUCCGCCCCAUUGUCCAUGUUUUCUACUGUGACUUUGAUUCACUCGUUCCUUCAGAAAGUCUCUUUUAACAACAGUGCUGGAGAUGAAAUUCAGUUUAAUGAGCAUGGGGAACUAGAAGCUGGAUUUGAUGUGACAAACUUGAUUACUUUCCCAAAUAAGUCCUAUACCCAAGUGAAAGUUGGAAAACUGGAUCUUCAGGCUCCUCCAGGAAAAGAGCUCACCAUGGAUGAGGACAAAAUCGAGUGGCACAAAGUCCUCACUCAGGUUCCUCCCAUUUCUCUGUGCAAUGACUUCUGCCUUCCGGGCAAGAGCAGGAAAAAGAAGGAGGGGGAGAAAUUUUGCUGUUAUGAUUGCGUUCCAUGUCCAGAAGGAAAGAUAUCAAACCAAGAAGACAUGGAUUACUGUAUCGCUUGCCAAGAAGAUCACUAUCCAAAUAAGGGACAAAAUCAAUGUAUUCCUAAGAUUAUGAGUUUUCUAUCCUCACAAGAAAAUAUGGGGAUAAUUUUAGUUUUUUUGGCUCUUUUCUUUUCUUUGAUCACGGUUCUGGUGCUCCUCAUCUUCCUUAAGUACCAGGACACUCCCAUAGUCAAAGCCAACAACAGAAGCCUCACCUACAUCCUACUUGUCUCUCUCCUUCUUUGCUUCCUCUCUUCACUGCUCUUCAUUGGACACCCUAACAAGGUGACCUGCCUCUUCCGACAAGCAGCUUUUGGCAUCAUCUUCUCAGUGGCUGUUUCUUCUGUAUUGGCAAAAACCAUUAUUGUGGUCGUGGCUUUCAUGGUCUCUAGACCAGGAAACAUUUUCAGAAACUGGAUGGGCAAAAGACUGGCACAUUUGAUUGUCUUUGUAUGCUCUCUCAUUCAAGUAAUCAUCUGUGUUAUUUGGCUGAGUACUUCUCCUCCAUUCCCAGAUUUGGACAUGAAGUCACUUACUGGAGAGAUCAUAAUAGAAUGUAAUGAAGGGUCAGUCGUCAUGUUUUAUUGUGUCUUGGGCUACAUGGGGUUCUUGGCCACUUUCAGCUUCACUGUGGCUUUUCUAGCCAGGAAAUUACCUGAUACUUUCAAUGAAGCCAAGUUCAUUACGUUCAGCAUGUUGGUCUUUUGCAGUGUUUGGCUCUCUUUUGUCCCAACCUAUUUGAGUACAAGAGGGAAAGAUAUGGUGGCUGUGGAGAUCUUCUCCAUCUUGGGGUCCAGUGCUGGGUUACUGGGUUGCAUCUUUUUCCCCAAAUGCUAUAUCAUUAUCCUGAGGCCUGAUCUGAACAGCAGAGACCUUCUAAAAAGGAAUAAGAAUUAA